AUGAACUCGCCCGCAUAUACUGUCCCCGUAGACCGGAAGCGAAACCCCAGCCCAUUCUCUCGGCUUUCGUCCGGAGAGUCUGAGAUCCACAGCUUUAUUUUCAAGCAGGGUUUCAUGCAGCAAGUGCAUCUUUCCAACAAUGAGGAUGGGCGCACGUUUUGGUGGAGUUUCAGACGGCGAUGUGGGUGA